AUGAAAGCUUUGUUUCAUAUAAACCAAUUCAAUCUAUUGGCCAGCGAUAGGAUAGCACUCAAUAGAUCUCUUCCAGACGUCAGAUUAGAGGGUUGCAAACAUAAGAGUUAUCCCAAAAUACUUCCGACCACUUCAGUGAUAAUAGUAUUUCACAACGAAGCCUGGAGUACAUUGUUACGCACCGUUCAUAGUAUUCUUCAAACAUCUCGACAUUCAUUGAUUAAAGAAAUUAUUUUAGUGGACGACGCGAGUGAAAGAGAAUUUUUGGGAAAAUCAUUAGAGGAUUAUGUCUCAAAACUACCGGUUCGGGUGAUAGUUCUACGAACUGGCAAACGGUCGGGUCUAAUACGGGCCCGACUUAUAGGCGCUAAGGAAGCCAAAGGACAAGUCCUUACUUUCUUAGACUCACACUGCGAGUGCACUAUAGGAUGGCUCGAACCACUACUCACCAGAAUCGCAGAGGACAGAACUCGAGUCGUAUGUCCUAUAAUUGAUGUGAUAAGUGAUGAGAAUUUUAAAUACAUCCCGGCCUCUGAUAUGACUUGGGGUGGAUUUAAUUGGAAACUCAACUUCCGAUGGUAU